AUUAUCCAAAUAAAAGACCAAGACUUGAUUUUAAUAACAUUCCUUUAGAUUUAAACCAACCUCUUACACCACUUUUAAAAACUGACGGACUUUCUUGGGAUUAUCAAGAAUCACCAAAGUUGGAAGAAGAAUUAAGAGUGCAUGUUCAGGAUCUAUAUAGCGUGUUUAAAAAAAAUAGACGUGACAAAUCAAAUACGCUAAUAUUUUUUAUGGUGUCUGGUGCUGGAUGUGGGAAAUCUCGAAAUGCAACAGAGAUUCCUAAAACACUUUGUAAAAUAUUUGUAAAUGAUUUGGAAUUGAGACCUCGUUUGGAAGAUGCACUUAUCUUUGCCAUCACUUUUGAAAAUGGUACAAAAUCAACUUGUCUACCGAAACUGAUGCAAAUAUGUGCUAAUCAAAAAAACGUAGCACUAAAGGAACUAACCGUGAUCCUCAUUGUUGAUGGAUUGCAAACUACUCUAAUCAAUGAAAAUGAUGCAACUUUAGUACGUCCAUUCCAUCAAAUGGUUGCUGAUUCUCAUCAAAAAGAAUUACAGUCUAAUGACGGGGACCUAACCAUUCCUCCUGGUUGUCAAUUUUGGCAACAUUUCGAACAUUUCAUUGCCUCUUUUCAUGUCCUUAAAUCAAAUGUAUUUGAAACUGAUGAAGAAAUAAAAUUACAAGAUAUUCAUGCUGACGCGAAACAUCACUUUGGUACAGCUACCAUUAGGAACGUAUUACUAUCAUUGAAGAAAGCUAUCUGGCAAGAAAGUACCAAAUCAAGUGCCUAUUCUACCAAUAAAAUGGUAACUUGUAAGAGAGGGGAUAAUCAAAUUAAUUUUAAUCUUGAAAACGCAUCUGCUUGUAUCAUUAAUGGAUCAAGUGCAUCUUUUGGAGAUUCAUUUUGCCUGGUUCAUUUUGCAAACUCUCCUCAACUUUAUAUAGAAAGCCAUCAGACCAAGUGCCUGAAGUCACAAACAGUGAGCCAACAAGUGUUUAAUGAAGAGUAUGAAAAAGCAAGUGAUAAAGAUGAUAUUUUUUUACUUUACACUUGUGGGUCUUCCAAUGUAACGAGAUUGUCACCAUUGUCUGCUAUUGUUGACUGUGAUUGUUGGAAGUUGUAUUUUGGUCCCUUUGCAGAAAAGGCAUUCCUCUUAGU